AUGGCCACAGGAACAGGGAGCAAAUCACUAGAACCAACACCGACGCCUCUCUUGACCACCGGGUCCAGCUCUACCACGACCAUCUAUACAUCAAAUCCAAACUCUGGGUUCACCCUCCGUCGUGCCAGGUUCGGCGACCUCAGCCCCGCGGCGCGCACGUGUUCGCUCGCCUUCUGGGACGACGUGCUCUUUGGCCGCGUGAUCCAUCCCCAUCGCACCACGUAUCCGGCUGAUGUCGACAAGUACUGGUACCGCCGCUUUGUCGUCGACUGGUGGGACUGGAGUCAUGUCUUCCUCGUCACCACCGAGACUGUGCUUGUGAGCGAGGAUGAGAAUGAGGGUGAGGACCAGGACGAGAAAACCGCCAAGGUCGGGCCCCAAGGACCUGAACAGCAUCUAGGAGCGAGACCGACGCACAGGGCGAAGCAGAAGGAGAUCGUCACCGGCUUUGCUCAUUGGAGUCGUAUCGCGCCCAGCUGGAGGAAUAAUUACCAGGCUGGUUGGGGCCUGGCGUGGUGGGAUCCGAGACGCCUGCUCAAACCGCUAACAUCCCUCAUCACCCGGUUGCUCGGGUUCGUCUCGCCCAACCGCGCGGCGUCGACCGUGGACGAAGACAUCAUCGAACGAUCCUACGACUUUCUCGAUCACGUCUGGACCGGCGCCCGCGCUGAAUCAUGGUACCUCGAAUGUCUGGCGGUUCACCCGUCCUUUCAGAACCGAGGACAAGGUCGCGCCUUGGUGGCAUGGGGCCUGGAGCGGGCGAGCAAAGAACGCACCUCGGCCAGCGUCAUCGCGGCCGAUGGAAAGGAGAGGUUCUACCAGAAUUGCGGGUUCAAUGUCGGCCCUGUGGCGAGAUCAGGCGAAGGUCAUGGGAAUCCGCUGCGCGACGUCCCGGGCGGCCUGGCUUUUUUUCGAGACAAGGAUGGCGUUCAGAUCCCGGAAAGAGAGCCGGGGACUUGGAUGGCGGGCACGGGAGUGUUUGAUUGGGUUGAGUGGAGGAAGAGUAAGAUGUAG